UGUAUGUCACGGCGGAGAGGAUCUCUUCAUUGAAGUGUACAGGUACCGGGUAUUUAAAAAGUCCUGGCGAUAUAAAACAUAAAUAAACAAACCCACAUACAAUCACAGAGGGCGACCUGCGGUAUUUAGAAUUCUUGCGAUUGAUUUUGCAUUGGAAUAAAUCUUGAUGUUAACGAAACAGAACAGAAGACGAGAAGAAUCCGUUCCAUAUAUUAUACAUGUAUCGACUGCGAUUGGAUUGGCGGACCAUUAAUUAUAAUAUUGUAGAUGUCAACGGUAUUCAACACAGGUCUCGGCCAUUUGGCUGGAAGUAAAAUAGAAAUCCUGAUCAGCUGCACCAAUUUGGCGGAUCUGGACGAUUUCACGAAGUCCGACCCGAUGUGUGUGCUGUUUGUCCGACAGUUCGGACAGUGGAAGGAGUAUGACAGAACAGAGGCAAUUAGAAACACACUGAACCCCCAGUUUGUUAAAAGCUUUGUUUUGGAGUUUGAGCCUGGUAUGAACCAACAGCUGAUGUUUUCUGUGUACGAUAUUGACAGCAGAUCCCAGGACCUUAAGCACCAUGACUAUGUAGGAGCCGUAGAGGACCACCUCCAUAACCUCAUUGAUGGGGACCAGCUAAUCAAAACCACCAAUAAAAAUCUCCGAGUUCCGGGUCAUGCCAAAAGUAGAGGUCUAAUCAGCAUUACGACCGAAGUCAUGAAGGAGUCUCGGAAUAAAGUGUCCGUACAUGUCGGGGGCCACAAAUUGGACAAAAAAGGUGUACUGUCCCUGAAUAAGCCGGACUCCUUUUUCCAAAUCUCCCGGUGUAUAGACGGUAUGACGGGAACUACUUACCACCCCGUGUACCGGACAGAAACCGCCCUCAAAUCGACCAGCCCCAGAUGGCGACCGUUUGAGAUAAACCUUCAACCUUUGUGCAAUAGUGAUUGGGAUAGGGCAAUUCAGUUCUCUGUCUGGCAUUUUAGUGGCAAUGAUUAUCACAUGAUUGGACGCAAAAACACGACCCUGAGAGAAAUGAGCAAAGAAGAAGGGAAUGGAAGUUUCAUUCAGAUUUACCUUUCGAGUCCAAAGAAGGAAACUAAAAAUAAAAAGAAUACCGUAUCCGGUUCUCUGAGGUUCUUCCAGUUCAAAAUAGAUAUGCAAUAUUCCCUGUUUGACUUCAUUAGAGGGGGGCUGCAAAUCCAACCCGUAGUUGCAAUAGAUUUCACGGCUUCCAAUGGUGCAAUUGAUGAAGAGUUAUCACUCCACAGUGUUAACAACACGAGAGAGAACCAAUACAUGGAUGCCAUGGACACUCUAGGUGCCAUGAUAUCUCAGUAUAGCUCAGAACAACAGAUAGCAUUGUACGGCUUUGGAGCUAAGUGGAAACACAAAAAGAAAGUGUCCCACUGUUUUCCUCUCGUUAAAGAAGUUUUUGUCAAAGGAAUCAAGAGUGCCAUCGGUCAGUACGAGGACGUUCUUCCUUCACUGCACUUUUCGGGCCCAACUCAGUUGGCUCCUAUGUUAGAGAAGGCAGCCGCUUUAGCAGAAUCUCAGAAUAUGUCUCAAAACAAGCAGGUGUACACUGUAUUACUGGUGAUCACAGAUGGUGUCAUCAAUGAUAUCAAUAGAACUCUAAGGAGGCUUAUCGCCAUCAGCCAUCUGCCCUUGUCAGUCGUAUUCAUUGGUGUUGGUCCAGCGGACUUCACUCUCAUGGAACAAUUUCAUAUUGGCUUAGACACACCUUUACAAAACAAGAAGACACAUGAAGUAGCUGUUCGGGCAAACACACACUUUGUAGCUUUUCGCAAGGAAAAUAUCAACACAGGAGGAAACGCAGCCCUGGCAAAGGAAGCAAUGGCAGCGUUAUCUACUCAGAUUGUUCAAUACAUGAAGAAAAACAACCUCAUCCCAAACAAACCCAAGCUGAUACGCAGUGACAUACUGGAGUCUUUCAGUGAUGACCAGGCUCCUAAACUAUUACCGCAAUCAACGUCUAGGACUAGUUUAAUAUCUGUAAAAACCGCAGGACCUUCUUGUCCAACCUGUGGAGCUCAUAUAGAACCAGGAUCCCAGUUAUUUAGUGACGUAAUUAACACUUGUGUUACAUGAUAACUUAAAUUCACUCUUUUAUUGAAUCGAAAUUUUAAUGCAAUAUAAACUUUUCAUUUAUAAGAACGCAGUUGAAGAUUUUAGAUUUAAAUCUUCAUAUACUGAAAAUAAA